CUUCAUAUUCUCCGAACAAAGUGUUCCUCAAUCAGUUGUAUUUCAAAGCUAGUAAAAGCAAGUAAAAUAUCCUAAUAUUUCGCUUCUCAAAAUGUCGGACGAAGAACCAGAAGAAUUCAAAGAGCUUGAAAGCUGUGAUUUUGAACAAAACAAUAGUGCCGACGAUAAUACAGCCGUGGUGCCUCUGGAUACCUCGGAGGAUGCCCAAUUCUCUGAGCAGAUGUUUUCCAACAUCCAGGAGCGAUUGACCCGCAUCAUGAAACGCGUAAGUCUGGCCAAUUCCGCCAUGGCCCAGAUGAAGAGGAAGCUCAAGGCCCGGAUUCCAGGACCGGCAGUGGUCGAAAAUGCCGACAAGUUGGCCGGAGGCGAUAAUCCACUAAGAUUUGAUAACAUCGAACCAGGCCACGAAGGCAUAGACGAAUGAUACAAGAACAUUGUUCAAAUUAUGAUUUCUAAAAAUUGUUAAUGUAUUUACGUAAAUCAGUGUUCCAACAUAACACGUGUUCCCAUCGCUAAAACUGUUCAAAUGUGUUUGAUCCAUCAGUACUAUAAAUGUUUAAAUU